UAAAAAUUUGGAGGGGGCAAAGAGCUACAGAAAGGCCAAAGAAGGUUCUUUUCUGCAUCAAAUCCAGUUUUUAAUAAGUGCAUAUCUUGUGCUCUUUCUCUCUCUUACUACCCAGUUUUUACAUUAUAUUCUCUCUCAUCUUCUUUUUCUACAUUCACUUGUUACAAGGUUUUCUUUACUGGGUUUUCUGUAAUUCAAAGUGCUGAACUUUAAGUUUAAUGUCUAGGCCAUUAGAACAUGAUUACAUAGGUUUAUCAGAGGUUUCUUCCAUGGAAAACUCUGUUAAACUUCUCUCUCCAAAACCAUCUUCUUUCUCUUCAAAACGCAGUGCUUUGAAGACUGAGUUGAGUCUUGGGUUACCAGGUUGUGAGUCACCUGAAAGGAAACCUCUUUCUGGGGUUACUAUUUUUGGUAAGGAUUUUGAAGGAAAUACCCAAAAUGGGUACUCAAUUGGGUCACCUAAGGGUUUUGCUUCAGGGGCAAAAAGGGGUUUUUCUGAUGCAAUUGAUGGUUGUGAAAAAUGGGUUUUUUCUAUUAAUGGAAAAUCUGACACUAAUUUGAGUAAAGAUGGUAAGAAUUUUAGUGGUGUUGAGAAUAACAAUGCCCAGAAAUUGGUUUCUUCAUCUCCUAAUUCUGUUCAGGAAAAGCAGCCUCAAGUUUCUGCUAAUGAAAAUGGUAGUGCUCCUGCUGCAAAAGCACAGGUUGUGGGGUGGCCACCAAUUCGAUCUUUCCGCAAGAAUACUCUAGCUUCUACUUCUGUGAAGAACAACGAGCAGACGGAGGAGAAAACAGCGGCUGCUUGCAACUAUGUCAAGGUUAGCAUGGAUGGUGCUCCAUACUUGAGGAAGGUUGAUCUUCAAACCUAUAGAAACUAUAUGGAACUCUCUUCUGCUCUAGAGAAAAUGUUUAACUGCUUUAUAUCAGGUCAGUAUGGUUCAAAUGGGAAUGGAAAGAAGGAUGGGAUGGGUGAGAGCCAUUCAACAGAUCUCCAAAAUGCUGAAUAUGUGCUGACAUACGAAGACAAGGAUGGUGAUUGGAUGUUAGUUGGUGAUGUCCCAUGGAGGAUGUUCACAGAGAACUGCAGGAAACUCCGGAUCAUGAAAGGGUCAGAAGCUAUUGGACUAGCUCCAAAUGCAGCUGAAAAGUGUAAGACUGAAGCCUGAGAAUAGUUGCAGGCAGCACCUAAGGAACUAAACAAGGAGGCACUAGUGGAACACAGGGAGCCUUCAAGAGGUUUUGAAAAGUAGGGAGUGUUGUGAGUUAACUAGAUUUUUAUGGUUGUGAAAAAUUAUUGUGUACUAGAUAACAUACAUUAUUGUAGACUAUUUAAGCUCUUAUAUUGACCUACUGAAUUUGGGUGUGCAUAAAUCAAUCCCUCUCUUUUAUGGUA